GGCCUAUGGAGGCGGAGGGCCGCGGGGCCCGGCGCCAUGAUGGCGGCGCUGCACCGCCUCCCCCUGCCCGCCCGGCUGCUCCUUCGCCGCCCCGCGCCCGCUCAGGGAUGGCUGAGCUCGGGGUUGUGUGUGAGCCUGGCCAACGUCCCUCUGCACGGCUGCCUCUGGCCGCCUGGCCACUUCCGCGUCUAUUCCUCCGAUGGAGUGAAAAGUGGCCCUGCUACCCCAAAAGUUCGAGCUCCUCCGCCAGAAGCCAGCACCCCCAUGUCUGAUCUGGCUCAGGACGCCAUCGCGGGACUCCAGACGCCACUUAUCAAGCAGGAACCUCUCCAAGUCAGAGUCAAAGCCGUCCUCAAGAAGAGAGACUAUGGACCAAAGUAUACCCAGAACAACUUCAUCACCGGCGUCCGAGCAAUAAAUGAAUUCUGCCUGAAAACCAGUGACCUGGAGCAGCUGCGGAAAAUCAGGCAACGGAGCCCCCAUGAGGACACCGAGUCCUUCACUGUUUACCUGCGGUCCGACGUAGAGGCCAAGUCUCUGGAAAUCUGGGGUAGCCCAGAGGCUCUGGCCCGGGAGAGGAAGCUGCGGAAAGAAGCCGAGCGAGAAUACAGAGAAAGGCUGUUCCAGAACCAGAAGGUGUUGAAAGAAUACAAAGACUUCCUGGGGAACACCAAGCCUCGGUCCAGGAUGACAUCCCUGUUUCUGAAGGGACCGGGAAAAGUGGUCAUGGUGGCCAUUUGCAUAAACGGGCUGAACUUCUUCUUCAAGUUGCUUGCCUGGGUCUACACGGGGUCAGCGAGCAUGUUCUCGGAGGCCGUCCACUCCCUGUCCGACACAUGCAACCAGGCCUUACUCGCGCUGGGGAUCAGCCAGUCCAUCCGGACCCCGGACCCCAGUCACCCGUACGGCUUCUCGAAUAUGCGCUACAUCGCCUCCCUCAUCAGCGGGGUGGGGAUUUUCAUGAUGGGGGCCGGGCUGUCCUGGUACCACGGAGUCAUGGGGCUGCUGAACCCACAGCCCAUCGAGUCCCUCCUGUGGGCUUACUGUAUCCUGGCAGGAUCCCUGGUGUCUGAAGGAGCGACGCUUCUGGUGGCCAUCAAUGAACUCCGGCGGAGUGCCCGGGCCAAGGGCACCACCUUCUACAAGUACGUGAUGGAAGCCCGCGAUCCCAGCACGAACGUGGUAUUGCUGGAAGACACGGCGGCCGUACUGGGGGUGCUGCUGGCUGCCACCUGCAUGGGCCUCACGUCCCUCACAGGCAACCCGCUGUACGACAGCCUGGGCUCACUGGGCGUGGGCACGCUGCUGGGGGGAGUGUCCACCUUCCUCAUCUACACCAACACGGAGGCCUUGCUGGGCCGCUCCAUCCAGCCCGAUCAGGUGCAGCGGCUCACGGAACUGCUGGAGAACGACCCGUCCGUCAGAGCCAUCCACGACGUCAAAGCCACGGACCUGGGCCUGGGCAAGGUACGCUUCAAGGCAGAGGUAGAUUUUGACGGACGCGUGGUGACCCGCUCCUACCUGGAGAAGCAAGACAUUGACCAGAUGCUGCAGGAGAUCCAGGGAGUGAAGACCCUCGAGGAAUUAGAAACCUUUAUGCUGCGGCACGGAGAGAACAUUAUCGAUACCCUGGGAGCGGAGAUCGACCGGCUGGAGAAGGAGCUGAAGAAACGGAACCCCGAGGUCCGGCACGUCGACCUGGAGAUACUGUAGACACGACAGGGGUGCGCGGUGGCAUUCAGCGUGCCCGGCCCCUUGGACCUGCUCCUUCUCCUUCCCGGGAGCCCGGCCCGCAACCGUGGGGCUCAGGUCGGUGGCCGGGGCCCCCGGGAGACUUCCCCGGGGCUCGAUUGGAAAGGGUCUCGGCCAGGCAGGGAGACGAGCUCCCUGCUGUUUUCUCUGACAUUUCCACGCUCCAGCCCCUCUCACCUGCAGCCGUGGGUGCUUCCCUCUGCCGGUGCCGGGCCACGCAUCCCGCCUCCCCCGUUCCACGGCGAUCCGGGAACUUGGUCCUGAAAGCGAAAUCCGGCGGCCUGGCCUCCACGGCCCCAUCCGCCCUUCCUCUUUCUGGUUUAGUUCCCCGCCGCCCGGAGCGUGGGGCCAAAGGGUCCCUCGUGGGCUUGCGCGAGGCGUUAAUGAGCUCUGUAAAACAUUCUAGGAAUAUUUAUAAUUUUUCAGAUGGGAAGACAAUAUAUUUUUAAUUUAUUUAAGCAGAGGCCUUGGCGGCGUGAAUCUAAGAUGCAUUUGUUUCUUCGUGGCAAGGGGACAGAGGGAAGCAGCGGAGGCACCGAUAGCGGUCCCGGAGGCAGCCAUUCCUCUGUCUCCCGGGGCCAGCGCCCCAGGACGCCAUUAGAGGAAUGAGAUUAGAAGGCCUGCAGUCUGGGGUUUCAGUUUGGGCAGCAGCAACUGCGGAGACCGUUUUCUCUGGCCCUUCCCCGUGCACCUCAGGUAGCCUCUCGGGCAGAGUCCGGCUGCACGCUCCAAUGGGGCUAGGCGGACGGGCCCGGUGUGACCGUUGCCUCUGCCCUUCGCUUCCGUCCUGAGGCUUCCAUGUUUCCCCGAUGUCACUCCCCCCGCCCGGGACCUGCUCUGCUCCUCUGGCUCGCUGGGAGAACCCGGCCGGGACCACGGGGUUGUAUGCGGGCGUCUGGAUCUCCUCAGGGUCGUGUGGGCCUGCUGUAACGGCGGGGCUGGGUGGGGGGGAUAGAGGAAAGAGAGGGACGUGCACUCCUCAGUUUGGGCAUCGGGCUCCGGGCGGGGGCUGGGCACAGACCAGCAGAUGGCAGCGGGGCGAGUUGCCCACUCUGCUCAGCAAAGAGAAAAAUGAAAGCUGAAGCCCCCCAGGGUCAGCCCAUGCAUCCGGUGAACGAGAGAAGACAGGGCCCGCCCCUGCCCAGGCUUAAAGAACUUACCGUGGUGGGCGAGAGCCCCUGCUCUGGGAAGAUUGGCCAUCCUGUCUGGGGAGGAAAUCCUCCAAAAGAAAGUUUAGAGACAAGCUUGGGACCCAGUGGCCGUUGGCUGUGGAGCGUUUAGGAGGACAAGUCCAAGAGUGGGUUAGUUAACGUGACCCAAAAUGCAGUUGAAUUUCCCAUUCUAGCAGGACCCCAUCACCCAUGAAAACUUUGCUGUCUGUUAAAGUCGCUGCGUGAAUUGGGACAGGAGACGCAGUGACCUGCUCAUUCCUCCAUCCACAAUGAAAAUAAAUCUGAGAGGACGGCAAA